AUGCGUCCAGCCAGGAACUUAUUAUGUCUUGCCUUCUUAACAGCUUUCGCUGCUAUAUUUGCAGAUGCAACUUUCUCUAAUGGGACCUUUGAUGGCUGUCACUAUCAAGUCGAGGGCGCUGGUGCCUUCAGCUCCCAUUUCGCUUUCGACUUUACCACCAUGGAUACUCUCCCGGACGAAUUGAUCGCCAGUACUUAUCAAGUUGGUCCCGGACCUUACGCUCCGUACGCACAUAUCUUCAAUCCGAGUAACAUAGUACUCAGAUCUGGUCAGCCCAUGCAGAUGAUCGUUCCUGGUGGUCAGACUUCGGAUCCUCUAGAAACAUGUCAGCUUGUUACCAGUUAUGAUGAUGUGCUAUAUGCUAGUGUACGGACUGUUGCACAAGCCAGUCCUGUCAACGGCACAGUUCAUGGGUUCUUCAUGUACAUGAACGAUACUCAAGAAACAGACAUUGAGAUCCGUACAGGCGAUCCCAACAACAUCCAUUUCACAAACCAGCAGACACGUCCAGGCAAUGGUGAAACAACGUAUGCUGUGCCUGCACCUGACACCAUGGCCUCUGCAUUCCACGAAUACCGCUAUGACUGGCUGCCCACAGGCACAAAUUUCUACAUCGAUGGCGUGUUGACCAUGUCAAUAAACAGAAAUGUUCCAAGUGCCGCAGGCUGGCUGAUGUGGAACUCGUGGUCGAACGGAUGGGCCUGGACGUUUGGCCCUCCAGCUCAAGACAAUAUUCUUCAGAUCCGAUCAUUCUGGCAGCAAUGCGGCAACCGGAGUGGUGAUCACCAGCGGUGGUGCCCGAAUUACGACGAAUGCAGCAGCUAUAGGCAAUCCGCCUUCUUCUACUUCGACUUCAACAUCAAUGUCAGCAUCAACUUCAGCAUCGACUUCAGCAUCGUCAUCAAUACCAGCAUCGGCAUCAACAUCGGCGUCUACAACUGCUUCUUCUUCUUCUGCGGUAGCGUCAACAUCAGUUCUGUCUAUAAAUUCGCACUUAGCAACAGGGACUGA